AUGAUUAGAAACGCUUAUCAUGCCGGCUCUUGGUAUAAUGAUCAAGGCUCUUAUCUGAAUAAAGAACUUGAGCAAUGGUUAGGAAAUGUUCCAGCCACUACUGAGGACCCUAUUCCGGUUCCAGGAGCUCGUGCAAUAAUUGCACCGCACGCUGGGUAUACCUAUAGUGGUCAGGCCGCAGCAUUCGCUUACAAAUGCAUUGAUCAAGAUUUUGUAAAACGCGUUUUCAUUUUGGGCCCUUCUCAUCAUGUAUAUCUCAACGGAUGUGCAAUUUCAAAAUUUACCCAAUAUCAGACUCCAUUGGGAAACUUGACUUUGGAUACUGAUGUGAUAAAUGAUUUACGUAAAACGGGUCAUUUUGAAGAAAUGACUCGAGAAACUGAUGAAGAGGAACACAGUAUUGAGAUGCACCUUCCAUUUACUUACAAGAUCUUGGAAAACAAAAUUGAUUCAAUCAGGAUUAUACCUAUUUUAGUUGGAUCAUUGAAUGCAUCUAAAGAAGCAUUCUAUGGAAAAUUCUUUAGUCCAUAUCUUGCAGACCCAUCAAAUCUAUUUAUUAUUUCUUCAGAUUUUUGUCAUUGGGGACAUCGAUUUGAAUACACAUAUUAUUCUGAUUCACCAGAAACCAGUGUCUUUCUUACUCGUAGAUCAAAAGUGCCUCUCACCGUUCCAAUACAUAAAUCCAUUGAAAAUCUUGAUCGUGAAGGCAUGUCCAUUAUAGAAAAAAUAAAUCAUAAAGAAUUUUCUUCAGAAUUUGACAAAAAUAAACCUCGAAUUCGUUUUGUGCAUUAUUCUCAAUCCAGCAAUGUGACUCACGAAGAUGAUAGUAGCGUUAGUUAUUCAUCAGCAUAUGUUUAUCUACCAUAG